GUUCUGAAAUAAAAAUUAUGAGGAGCAGUAGAAUUUGAAAGAAAAAAAAAGGAAAGUGUUGUUAGAUCUAUUUUCAUUAGCUAUAGAGAGAAAUUCUACAGAGUGGUUAACCUCAAAGUAAGAAGCAAUGACUUUCACUUGGAUUCAAGGAGUAUUCUUUGCUUUCUUAAAGUGUUUUGGUGUUGAAUCCGCUGAAGCCACCAUGGAUUCAAAUAUGAAACCUCAUGCAUGUGAAGGUAAUUCAUCGAGUAGAAACAAGAAAAGCUUUCAAGAUACUUCAAAUCCAUCACUCCCAGAUACUCAAACUCUUAAUGCAAGUUCAACGGAAAACCGUAGUAAUUAUGUCUCAAUUUCUCAAUUAUUAUCUGAUAUGCCACCAAUGGAACGACGAUUAGUUGCGCCCAAACCCAAGCAUCAUCGCGAUAUGCAGAUUCGAAAUGGUACAAACAUGUAUGCUAAGGAUGUGUCAAAAGAAAUUCAGGAAAACAAUAUUGAUCCAUCUAGUCAAAUAAAUACAAGAGAGCAUGUUAAUGUGAAAUUGAGUAAGUUGGUGGAAAUUUAUAGUGACAAGAAGAAAGAUCAAGUAUAUGGUGUUGAUGUUCUUUCAUCAACCUUAGAAAAAGAACCAUCAAAAUUAAAGUCAGAUGAAACUACAACAUUGGAUUCACACAUGAAACCUCAUGCAUGUACAUUUAGUAUUGUAACUCCUAUGGAAAACUCAUCAAGUGGCAACAUGAAAACCUCUCAUGCUGAAAAUUCAUUGCUCACAAAUACUCAAACUCUUAUUGCAAGUUCAAUGGAAACGAGUGCUCUUCAAAGGCAUACUCAACCUAGUCAAUGCCCACUUGAUAUUUUAUAUUCCUUUCAGCAUUCACUCCAAAAAAGAAAAAAGGCUAAAAUUGGGGCUUUACAUAUUUAAAAGAGAAAUAAAAAAGUUUGGUCGGCUCAAGACUAUUAUCAACUCUAAAUGGCGCUCUUAAUAAGAGUCUUGAUAUUCAUACACCAAAGUUUACACCUAAAACUUACAUCAAACACUCUUCAUCGUAUUUAUACGGUGAACAGUAUUUUUAUUUUUUUAAUAAAUAAAAAAAUAAUAUUUAUAAAAAAUAAUUUUUAUAACACAAAUAUAAAAUUUGUCAUUAAUCAAUUUUAUUAUUAUAUUAACCACAAAAAUAUAGGUUAUUAAUCAAUUUUAUUAUUG